AUGGCGCGCGGUUUUUCAGUGGGCUUCGACCCACUGGGCCUUGGAGACCUAAGCUCCAGCUCUCUGAGCUCCCUCUCCUCCCGAGGCCACCUGGGCAGCGACUCAGGCUCCGCAACCCGAUACCUGCUGAGGAAGCAACAGCGGCUGCUGAAUGGGCCCCCCCGCGGAAUCCGAGCCUCAUCGCCCAUGGGCCGUGUCAUCCUCAUCAACUCCCCCAUCGAAGCCAACAGCGAUGAGAGCGACAUCAUCCACGCAGUGCGGGUGGAAAAGAGCCCGGCAGGGAGGCUGGGUUUCAGUGUGCGGGGCGGCUCUGAGCACGGCCUGGGCAUCUUCGUCAGCAAGGUCGAGGAGGGCAGCAGCGCAGAGCGCGCCGGCCUGUGCGUGGGGGACAAGAUCACAGAGGUGAAUGGGCUGAGCCUGGAGAGCACCACCAUGGGCAGUGCCGUGAAGGUCCUGACAGGCAGCAGCCGCCUGCACAUGAUGGUGAGGCGCAUGGGCCGCGUACCCGGCAUCAAGUUCUCCAAGGAGAAGACCACAUGGGUGGACGUGGUGAAUCGGCGGCUGGUCGUGGAGAAGUGCAGUUCAACACCGUCAGAAAGCAGCUCAGAGGAUGGUGUGCGGCGCAUCGUUCACCUCUACACGACCUCUGACGACUUCUGCCUGGGCUUCAACAUCCGCGGGGGAAAGGAGUUUGGCCUGGGCAUCUACGUGUCCAAAGUGGACCACGGUGGGCUGGCCGAGGAGAACGGCAUCAAGGUGGGAGACCAGGUCCUGGCGGCCAAUGGUGUCAGGUUCGACGACAUCAGCCACAGCCAGGCCGUGGAGGUGCUGAAGGGCCAAACACACAUCAUGUUGACCAUCAAGGAGACUGGCCGGUACCCUGCAUACAAGGAGAUGGUUUCCGAGUACUGUUGGCUGGAUCGACUGAGUAACGGGGUACUGCAGCAGCUGUCCCAGGCCUCUGAGAGCAGCUCCAGCGUCUCCUCGUACGCCUCCAGCGCCCCCUACAGCUCCGCUGAGGGCUCCGGCUCCCUGCCCUCCGACCGCAUGGAUAUCUGUCUGGGGCCAGAGGAGCCGGGCAGCCGCGGCCCAGGCUGGGGGCGGGCAGACACAGCCAUGCAGACAGACCCCGACGUGGGGGGCCGCGUGGAGACCUGGUGCAGCGUGCGGCCCACAGUCAUCCUCAGGGACACAGCCAUCCGCUCCGACGGACCCUCGGCUGCCCGCCGCCUUGACUCUGCUCUCUCUGAGUCCCCCAAGACUGCUCUGCUGCUGGCCCUCAGCCGACCUCGGCCCCCCAUCACCCGCUCCCAGAGCCACCUGACUUUGUGGGAGGAGAAGAAGCAGCGGAAGAAGGAGAAGUCGGGGUCCUCUGGGGAGAAGGGGGCCCUGCAGCGCUCCAAGACACUGAUGAACCUCUUCUUCAAGGGAGGGCGGCAGGGGCGGCUGGCAGAGGACGGGCACAGAGAGGCCUGGACGCUGGAGAGAGGGAGCCCAGCCAAGCCCCGUCCGCGCCUGGACAUGGAGAAAGCAGGGGGAGUGGGACCUGUGCAGAAGUUUGUCACCUGGAGGCUGAGACGCGACCGGGAGAGGGGCCGGGCCCUGCUUUCUGCCAGGUCUGGGAGCCCCUCCAGCCAGCUGCCCAAUGUGGAUGAGCAGGUGCAGGCCUGGGAGAGCCGACGGCCCCUCAUUCAGGACUUGGCCCGGCGGCUGCUGACUGACGACGAGGUGCUGGCCAUCACCCGCCACUGCUCCCGGUACGUGCAUGAGGGCGGCGUGGAGGACCUGGUGAGGCCCCUGCUGGCCAUUCUGGACAAGCCCGCGAAGCUGCUGCUCCUGCGGGACAUCAGGAGCGUGGUAGCCCCCACAGACCUGGGCCGCUUCGACAGCAUGGUGAUGCCUGUGGAGCUGGAGGCUUUUGAGGCCCUCAAGAGCCAGGCAGCACGGCCUCCUGCUUUGCGACCAGCGCGGCAAGACACACCGCCCAAGCGUCACCUCAUCACCCCUGUGCCUGACAGCCGUGGAGGCUUCUACCUGCUGCCUGUGAAUGGCUUCCCUGAGGAGGAAGAUGAUGGGGAGCUGAGGGAGCGGCUGGGGGACCUCCAGGUCUCUCUGGGUGCUUCUGCCCCCCGCCACUCUCAUAAAGGGAUACCCCCUCUCCAAGACGUGCCAGUAGAUGCCUUUGCCCCACGCCGAAGCACCUGCACACCCCCUCCCCAGCCGCCCCCCGUUGCUCCCCGGCCCCCGAGGCCUAACUGGCUGCUGACAGAACCCUUGACCCGAGAAGACCCUCUUCAGAGCCAGAACCAGAGCCCAGGCCUGGCCCAGAGCCGCAGCCGCAGCCGUAGCCGCAGCCACAGCCGCAGUCGCAGCCGCAGUCGCAGCCGAGGCAAGUCCCCUGGACGCAGGCGCUCCCCAUCCCCGGCGCCUAUCCCCACCCCCAGCAUAGCCAACGGGCGCUACCACAAGCCUCGGAAGGCCAGGCCCCCUCUGCCAAGACCUCUGGAUGGGCAGGUAGCCAAGGCAGGGGACAGCCAAGGGUCCUCCGAGAAUGGAACUGGCAGGACAGCCCAGCAAGUGGCCGCAAAGGCCCCCAGUGGGGAGCUGAGGACAGUCACGCUGUCCAAGAUGAAACAGUCCUUGGGCAUCAGUAUCUCGGGGGGCAUCGAGUCCAAGGUGCAGCCCAUGGUGAAGAUAGAAAAGAUCUUCCCUGGGGGGGCCGCCUUCCUCAGUGGGGCCCUGCAGGCUGGCUUCGAGCUUGUGGCAGUGGAUGGAGAGAGCCUGGAGAAGGUGACACACCAGCGAGCAGUGGACACCAUUCGCCGGGCUUAUCGAAACAAGUCGCGGGAGCCCAUGGAGCUUGUGGUCAGGGCCGCCACUAAUCUUCUGACCCGGGAACCUCCCACUCCUGCUUGCCUUGACUCCCAGAGCUCCACACUGGUGGCUCAGAUCUCCCUGCUUUCUUCUGUCCCCAGCUGUCACUAAGGCUCUGCCCUUUCCAGACAAACUGUGUCAAGGACAAGGUGCUACUGGGCAGCCUGUGUCACCCAUUCACUGCUCCUAACCUCUCGAGACAGAAAGGAGGUCUAGAAACGCAGGGUCUGGAACUUGGGAUUGGUGGGCAGCAUCUCAUGAUGCCCCCUUUGACUCUCCCAAGCACUGAGGGACCUGGACUCUGGGAUGCAGCCCUCACAUCCACCCCCUAACCCCAAGCAGUGUUCUGUGCAAGCAAUAGAAGUCUUUUCUAGUUUCUCAAACCCUGAGACCAUUUCAUGUUGUGGCCCACCAGCCUCAGCUUUUCUACUGGAUUUGUCCUUUCCCCAUCUCCCUUUCUCCCCCUAAGACCUCUGUAAGGGGUAAGGGAAUAGCUGGCAAAUAAAGGGG